UUGUACGUCAAUCAACAUUAAGGAGCCUGGCAAAGGCGCUUCGUGCUUCACCGACAUGCAUAAUAAUUACGACCCUCUCGUGGGAUUGGCUGGACCGAAGCUUGGAAAGUCCCAUCGUCUUGAGGUUUUUCUUUCCUGUCUUUUUUAUUUGAACGUCCUCAGUUGGUGGAAUACCUCAACGAGACAACAACUUCACAACUGGCAUUUCUUGGCUGGUUGACAACGCCUUCUGGGACGGCGUUUCUGCAAUACAUCGUCUGGCUGCCACCGACGCGUGUUCGGGAUCU